CUUCUUUUAGACAACAGUCAAGCUUCUAUGUAGCCAUUCAACGAUAUCUCUUUGCUUCUAUCUCAACUAUGAUGCUUCAUGCUCCCAUGCAACUCUGAGACAAUCAGAAUGCUCUCAACCCUCCGCCGUCUCGCAGGCGGGGUAAAGCUACCCCUCCUUCAGACCCGCACCCCCGCAACCGUAACAGCAACCGCCACACAAAGCAAACAUGCUCCAAAGAAAGAAGGCGACAUCUCCUCCGUCUUCGCUUCUCUCUCAGGCGGUGAAGCUGUCCCCCUUCCCACACGCUUCGCAGAGCUCAAAUCCUCCCUGAUCCACGGCCAUGAAGCCUCACUCAUCGCCUCCUGGUCCCGCCUCCUCACCACCCUCCGCUCAGAAAUAGAACUCAUCUCCACCGCCGGCUCCUCAAUCACCCCCAGCAUCCCAUUCUCGGAAAUCAGAAACCAUUCCCGGGCCCUACCUUUCUCUCGCGCCAUACGCAAACGCGGAGCCGCGGUAAUCAAAAAUGUGGUCCCUGAAGAGGAGGCCCUGGGCUGGAAAGAGGAGAUUAAGGCGUAUAUCGCUAGGAAUCCGGGGACGAAGGCAUUCCCGAAGGGUAAUCCGGCGGUUUAUGAGUUGUAUUGGAGUCCUGGGCAGGUGAAGGCGAGGGCUCAUCCUAGUGUCCUCGAGACGCAGAGGUUUUUGAUGAGUUUUUGGAAUAAUGGAAAUAAAGAAGCCUUGAUUAGUACAGAAAUUCCGGUUUCGUAUGCAGAUCGAUUGAGGAUUCGACAACCUGGAGAUAGUGGUUUUGCUCUUGGUCCGCAUGUUGAUGGCGGGAGUGUAGAGAGAUGGGAAAUGGAAGGAUACGGGAAGGGAGGCGUCUACGAUGCAGUGUUCGAAGGACGAUGGGAGGAUUUCAACCCCUGGGAAUCUAGCUGCAGGUUGAAAGUGGAAAGUGAUUUAUAUAACGGCGCUGGAGCCUGCUCGAUGUUUAGAAUGUUCCAGGGUUGGCUGAGCAUGAGUUCCACUGGACCCGGGGAGGGGACAUUGCUCGUUAAUCCAUUGUUCAAGCUUGCGACGGUAUACUAUGUGUUGAGGCCAUUCUUUGAGCCUAGAAAUGGGAAUAAAGAGGCGAGCGGGUACUUGGAUGAGAGAAAUUGGAUAUUGAGUGAGAACCAGAGCUCCGUGCUACAAGGUGCGACCAUGGGGUGUACUCAAGAACUGAACGAGACGUUGCAUCCGCAUCUUGAACUCGAGAAGACGAUGGUUCAUAUUCCCGAUGUUGGACCGGGGGACUAUGUUGCGUGGCAUUGCGAUUCUAUUCAUGCUGUGGAUAAGUUGCACGCUGGGAGGGGCGAUUCAAGUGUGAUGUACAUUCCGGCUUGUCCAUUGACGGAGGUAAAUUCGAGGUAUCUGGUUAGGCAGAGGGAGGCGUUUUUGAAUGGGACACCGGGACCGGAUUUCCCUGGUGGGAAGGGGGAGAGUGAACAUGUUGGGAGGAUGGGAAGGGCAGAUAUUGAGGAUGCUGGUGGAGAAGAUGGACUGCGAGCUAUGGGUUUGGCGAGCUGGGAGGCUCAGUUCGAAAGCGAAAGGCAGAUUGUGAGGGUCGCGAAUUCGAUCGUGACUUGAAUGUCUUCAACCCACGCCAUCAAAUGAGGGACAUUGUUUCGAAGUGAAAUGAUCUAUCGAUUCGCGAGUCAUGUAAAAAAGAAUUCCUAGUUCCUCUUUUGUCUCAGUCUCAAAGUGGUCUGGAACAUUCUCGCUCGCAGGGGAUUGUCAACAACACCACUCCUCUGUCAUCGCCACUGGUUUCUGAGCUCCCUUUAGGUCUGUAGCGGACUCUAG